AUGAGUGCGACCAAAAUCCGGGGCAUCACCGUGAUCACAACUCUGGCUGGUGUAUCGUUCCUCAAUACCAUGGGCUCGGGUAUCCUAAUCGCCGCUCUACCGCGCAUCUCCCGCGAUGUCGGUCUCCCGCAGGCACUGAUCCUUUGGCCUGCUGUCGUGUAUGCCCUUGCCGCGGGUUGCCUGCUCCUCAUUUUCGGUGCCGUGGCCGACGUCAUUGGUGCAAAGCUCAUGUGGAUUGUUGGGAGUUUCUUAUACUGCGGCUUUACCGUCGCCGUUGGUCUGUCCCAGACCGGGAUACAGAUCAUUUUGUUUCGGACUUUCUUGGGCAUUGCCAUCGCCAUGUGUCUUCCCACGACCAUGGGGCUUAUUUCGCAUACCUUUCCCAAGGCGUCUAUCUGGUCGCUACCAGCUGUUCACCACCGCACGGAAAAGAAAUGGACCCGCAGGCUUGCCGAGGAUAUCGACUGGGUAGGAGCUGUUCUCGUGAAACAUAGCCGACCGGCUCUCAUCCCGAACAAGCUCUGGAGGAAUCCUGCUUUCACUUCGAUUUGCGUAUCCGUUUUCUUCUGUUGGGCCUCCUUGAAUGGCAUCGAGUACUUCUGCACACUUUACUUCCAGGAGGUAGAAAGCAUCACCGCUCUCCAGAGCUCACUACGAUUCAUUCCUCAUCCAAUUGUAGGAACGAUUGUCAAUAUCGCGACAGCCUACUUAAUUUCUCGCGUCAAGGUUCAAACUCUGGGUGUCGUAUCAGCAGUGGUAACAAUGAUCGCGCCUAUACUGAUGGCGACCAUCAACGUUGGCGAAAAUUACUGGUUUGCUCCUUUCUGGGCAUUGGUCCUCUCCCCAGUCAAUCCUGAUGUUCUCUUUACCGCCUCCAAUCUCGUCAUUUCUGACGCCUUCCCCUCCCACGUGCAGUCCCUGGCAGGAGGCGUAUUCAACGAGGUUGCGCAAUUCGGUAAUUCGGUCGGAUUGGCCGUCACCGCGGCGAUAGCUGCUUCAGUAACGGAGCAUUCGUCGCCAGGUGGAGAUGAUAAGGCGGCACUGAUGAAAGGCUAUCGUGCGGCGUUCUGGACUAUCUUCGCGAGCACGGCUGUCGUAGUAGUGGUCACAUUCUUUGGAUUGAAGAGGGGAGGUACUGUCGGAAAGAAGGACGACUAG